GCAGGCUCUCUUUUUCUGCUUCUCCCUCCCCUCUUCCUUUCUAUUCCUCUCCAUCGCUCUUUUCUCCUCAACAUCCUUAAUCAAAUCGGCACAGUAACCGUCAUUAUCUCUAUCAAACAGAAACCUUUUUACGAAAUAUCUAAGUUGCUCUUGAGAACAGUGUGUGUAUUGCUAAAGGCUUUGUUUGGUUAAUGUGAAUGUUCGUCCCUCCUCUUCACUCUCUUAAAAACUCUUCAGGUUUUUCCAACUGAGCGAUUCUGAGGCGGGCGCAAUCGCACUAGAGGGGAAGUCAAGUCGUGCUGGACUGGCGCGAUAUCCUCGCACGGUUUUACAACUAAAAGCUGCCCCGCUUUUAAUCAUGCUUUUAAAUGAUGGAAUAUGCUGAUUUUAAAAGUUGACCAGGGAUUUCUAGUUGUGGGGUGCUUGCGAGGCAUGGCUUUCCUUUUAACUUGCUUGUUUCUGUCUUGUGCGAGCAGUGUUUGGGGAAAUAAGCACGGUGAUAGCAAUAUCUAUUUGGAUAACAUCACGCGCAUACUGGAUAGAUUACUGGAUGGAUAUGACAACCGGCUGCGACCUGGAUUUGGAGGUCCAGUUACAGAGGUCAAAACUGACAUCUUUGUCACCAGCUUUGGACCUGUUUCAGAUGUUGAGAUGGAAUACACCAUGGACGUGUUCUUUCGUCAAACAUGGAUCGACGAACGGCUAAAAUUCGAAGGCCCCAUUGAGAUCCUGCGGCUCAACAACCUGAUGGUCAGCAAGAUAUGGACGCCGGACACCUUUUUUCGAAAUGGCAAGAGGUCGAUCUCUCACAACAUGACCACCCCCAACAAGCUGUUCCGCAUCAUGCAGAACGGAACUAUCCUCUACACCAUGAGAUUAACUAUAAAUGCAGAGUGUCCCAUGCGUCUGAUGAACUUCCCGAUGGAUGGCCAUGCCUGCCCCCUCAAGUUUGGAAGUUAUGCUUACCCCAUCAGCGAGAUUGUGUACACUUGGAAGAAGGGUCCUCUGUCCUCUGUAGAGGUGCCACAGGAAUCAUCCAGUUUGCUGCAGUACGACCUCAUCGGUCAGACAGUGUCAAGCGAGAGGCUAAAGUCCAACACAGGUGAAUAUGUCAUCAUGACAGUCCACUUCCACCUGCAAAGGAAAAUGGGCUUCUUUCUGAUUCAGACUUACAUUCCCUGUAUUAUGACUGUCAUCCUGGCCCAAGUCUCUUUCUGGAUUAAUAAGGAAUCAGUUCCAGCUCGCACUGUGUUUGGUAUCACCACUGUCUUGACCAUGACAACGCUCAGCAUCAGCGCUCGGCAUUCCCUCCCCAAAGUUUCUUACGCCACAGCCAUGGAUUGGUUCAUCGCCGUUUGCUUUGCCUUUGUCUUCUCCGCUCUAAUUGAGUUUGCAGCCGUCAACUACUUCUCCACUCUGCAGGCCAACCGGGAGCUGAGGAAGGCAGCAGCCAUGAAAGUGGCGGCCCAAGAGUCUGCAGCUGCAGCUGCAGCUUCUGCCGCGGGGAACGACGGAGAAGUUUCCUCAGUUGAUGCCAGUAGUGUGCUAAAGAAGAGGAUGAACUCUGCCCCGCUGUUUGACCGUCCUGCCAAAACAUUCCCCAACCCACCUGUCAAUGCCCAAGCCUUCCUGCAGCAGGGUUCAGCUGUACCGGCCAACAACGUUCUGACUGGCACCAGCAUCAUCGACAAAUACUCCCGCAUCCUCUUCCCGCUUUCGUUUGGCGCCUUCAACCUGGUCUACUGGAUAGUCUAUCUCACUAAGGACACGAUGGAGAUGUCCAGGGAUAGCGUUUAGGCCAAGAGUUCGUCUUCCUGGGCAUCACACACACACAUAAACACACACUUUCAUACACUUGCAUGGGCGUAUACAUACAUAUACACAACAAAAAGAUGACAGACGCUUGCCAAGCACUCUUUUAAGCCGCCUCAGUGCAUUGUAUGUCUUUUUAAGUACUCCUCUGGAAAGUGAUUGUAUUGAGAGCAGCUGUACCAGCAACCAUUGCCAACUUGACCCUGGAGCUCAGGUUCUGUGGGCUCCAGGUUCUGGAACUAUUUCAAACAGGUACAACAUAUCUCCAUGUCUCUUUCCUCUCUUCAUUUCUGUUCCCCGAUAUAUAUCUAUAAUGUCACAUGUGUCACAUUUUCAGUGUCUGUCCUGCAUCCCCUGCCUGAGUGGAUGGGGCAAGAUGGAACAGCUAAGCUAGCUAGGUUGCAGAGCCACUACUUUGUUGCAUGUAUUUAUUUCUCUGUGUCCAACAUUUAUGCAGUUCCAUACAUGACAGUGAUCUUGCACGUGUGUUUCAAAUGACACAUUCCCUACCCUGAUAUUUAGAACACACUGGAGGGAAUGAGCGUACUCGUUAUCCUGACUGGAUCCAGUGUGACUGACUCACAGCUCUUCUUUACACUCCCCCCCCCCCCCCCCCCCCCCCCCCCCCCCCCCCCCCCCCCCCCCCCCCCCCCCCCCCCCCCCCCCCCCCCAUAACACCCACUAUCUUUUGGUUGACUGGCGUAAUUUUCCUCAACUGAUGGAGUACAAAGGAUGUGAGGCCAAAUUUUCAAAGGGUUUUUCAUGUUUUGCUCCACAGAUACGUACAUUGGCCUGGCUCUAUAGUCACAUGCACAUGCAAAUGGAGAAACGUGCACAUAUUGAACAAAUACACUAAAACAAGCACACAUACUUAACUUAUACUUGUGCUUUUUCCACAAUGACAGGAUUGUACGUCAUGGAUUUCCUGUAGACACAAAUGAAACAUCAGUGCAUGAUUCAUGACUAUGACAACAUAACUUCCAUCUGACAUCAUGUUUUAGAAGAAAUCCCAGAAACACACAGUACCUGUCCACAGGAACAAGAGAGGAGGACACUGCAGAAUUGUUAGAAAAACAAAUUGUUAAGUUUGCCAGACAUUUCAUAUAAAUCAGAGGAAUUUUAUGAGCUACAAAAUGUAUGGAAUGCAAGACACUUUAGUGGAACAAUGAAUGCAAAUGCCAUGGAUGAUGGCACGUGUUAUAUACAGGUAAUCCACUACUGCACAUAUAUUCACAAGCAUCUCAUACCUUAACCUGUAUCUUGGCAGCAACAGAUUUCUUCUUCCCAGAGAGGAUGUAGACUGAUGUUUCUGUGUAUUAUAGUGGUAUUAGUUGCAGUUAAACUGGUUGCCAAUUAUUUAUUGAGAUAACAGCUCUGGCUCCCAGUUUUCAUUUAAAAAAGCAGCAAAAAAGACACCUAAACCUAUCAUCAUCAAUUAAAUUAAAUGCCAAAACACAUUCAUUAUGAAUCCACUUGCUUGAAUUUGCAUAUCAUUAUGCACAGUUUCCAAUUAAGUUGAGAUUGUUACAUGUUAAAGCCACGUGGCAUCUAAAUAUAAGCUUAUGCGUGUUUGCUCCCUCGUAACAUCCAUCAUCCGUGAGGAUGUUGUCAUUAAAGGUGUCUCUUAUUAACACAGGCACCUCUUAAAAUGCAAAAAAUAGCACACGGUGCCAUGAGAUAAUUGUAGUCUUGAAAAAUUUACACUUCCUCCUGUUGUUUGGAUAUUUAAAAAUUAACAUUUUAACACAAACUUUAUGUUAAAAGGAAUUGUAUAAUUGAUGUAAAUUGCCCCUGUGUUGCACAUACUGAGGGCCCUAUAGAAGUAAUUGAACGAGAAGCACCAUGAUUUCCUGUUUUUGAAUAUUGUGUUUUCUAUUGAUUUUUUUGCCAGUUGGAAAGGAAGCUCUUCAUUUAUUGUAAUUAUGUGUAUUUCUUAUGAGCACUUUGAUUUGUGAAUAGACCGUUAUGGUAGAACUCAGUUCAACAAUGUUGAUUAAAUAAACAAAUAAUUCAUCAUUAUCUUUGAUUUAAUAGAAUAAAAAUAUGCAAUGCAAUACACAAAUGCAAUAUAGAUUCUAGUUGGAACCCCAAGGUUGGUAUCCAUUGCUUAAACUGUAUUUUAAAGUUGGAAAGCUUUUAUGAACUUGUUACAAACAUGCAACUCUAUUGCCAGACAAGAACAUCAAUAUCAGACGAGUCAGCAACAGUGCCAAGGAUUUUUAAUUGUUGCUUUCUACAAUAUCUGCAUGUGGCAAAUAUGGCAUGACUAAGGAAUGGUUAAUGUUAGGCUACCAAGAUAUUAAAAAGGCAAACUUGUGACAGGAUGCAAACGCAGUCUCCGGCUUUAAAUCUUCUGGUCAGUUGACAUUAAAAUGACCAUGUCCUUGUGUCAAUUUAUGGAGUGCAAAGGAUGAUUAAUUUAAAAAGACUGUUGCCAGUCUAUUUGUCUUUGACCUGUACAUGUACACCAGAGGACUAAAAGAACAGUGAUGUCAGACUGUAUGCACUGUCUUUGUCUCCUCCUUCUUUCUCUCUUCCAUUCAUCUCCCUCAUCCCCUCUGUCUUUGAGGCAGAGGCUGAUGAGACAGGGCAUUUCCGCUCCUAUUGCCCUGUAUGUCAGACUCUAUUGUGGGAAAACCUGACCGUCAGUGAACUCAGACUGCUACAGAACUGCUGGCUCAACCCCAAUGGAGCCUCAGAACACCGAUGACCUCCCACCUCCAGCAAUGACUAAGUGUCUUUCUGCAGAGCAAACUUCAGUUGAAUAGUCAAACAGAAAUAAGCUGCAGUUAGAGGGUUUGUAUGGAUGUUUGCACACAUUUGUGUGCUUUUUUUAUAUGAUUAAGCUUGUUUGCUUUUAUCAGUGACCCGAUUUAUCUGGCCUCCGGCCCCAGCCUCGCUGAUCAGCUCCAUCGCACCACCGUGAGAACCACACUUGCAUGACCUCCGACCCUUUAUGUGCUUGUUAGGGUUGUUGAAUGUAGAAGGUCGUGAACUUCAUAGAAUAUAGAAUUCUAUUGCUAUGGUGACUGCGGCCAUAAACUGCCCUUUAGUUAAUUUUGUUUCAUUCCACAGACAUUGGCUUUAUUGAUUCUUUCAUUUAGCCAGCAUUUAUCUCUUUUUUGUAUUACUACACUGUCAUUUGCCUAGAAAUUGUGGACACAAUUUAGAAGACAAUGAAUGCUUUACGAUGUUAUUUCACAUGUAUAUUUUGUGAAUAUGAUUAAUUAUUUCGUUAGGUUGCUAUUUGUAGUCCAACUGUAUGACCCCGCUUGAUGAUCAGCUGCACUGCAUAAACCAUGUGUACUGGUUUGAAUGACAACUUUUGUAUUUUUAGCAGUUUCAUCCAUAUUUGCUCCUUGUACACAUUGCUCUCCAUUAGUUUUUAUUGUCACGAGAAAGGCUUGUUUUUAUUGCAACAGAAACAAUAUCUGCAUAUGCAGGUCCUUUGUUCCCUGUUAAUAAAUGAACUCCUACUCACUUUUCCCAGUGAUUUAUACAUUACUAUGCUCAAUAAAGUAAGAUUAUGUAU